ACUAAGCUAGAGUUCAUGACAGAUGGUAUGCUCCUGCGGGAGGUCAUACGAGACCCCUUAUGGCUGCGUUACACUGUGGUGUUGCUGGAUGAGGCUCACGAGCGCCCGGUCCACACUGACGUGCUGUUUGGAGUGGUGAAGGUAGCCCAACGCAAAUGCAGAGAACAGAACAAGAUUCCCCUCACGGUAGUCUGGGUGAUCGUGAUGUCAGCCACCAUGGAUGUGGACCUCUUCUCUCAGUACUUCAACAAAUCUCCUGUGCUGUACCUGGAGGGCAGGUGCAUGCACCCCAUCCAAAUCUACUACACCAAGCAUCCCCAGUCUGACUAUUUGCAGGCUACACUGGUUUCAGUUUUCCAGAUCCAUCAGGAAGCCCCUACAUAAUAUGACAUCCUGGUGUCCAUGACGGGUCGGGAGGAGAUAGAGGCGCUGGCCCGUACCUGCCGUGACAUCGCCAAACACCUCCAUGACGGCUGUGAUCCCAUGACAGUCAUCCCCCUGUACGCCUCUCUGUCCCCUGCUCAGCAGCUCAGGGUCUUCCAGCCCGCACCUAAGGGUUGUAGGAAGGUCAUUCUCUCAACCAACAUCGCUGAGACGUCAAUCACCAUCUCAGGGAUCAAAUACAUAAUUGAUACAGGCAUGGUGAAAGCAAAACACUUCAACCCAGAGAGUGGUCUGGAGGUGUUAGCAGUACAGUGGGUAUCUAAAGCCCAGGCGUGGCAGAGGGCGUGCAGGGCUGGCAUAGAGGACUCAGGGUCUGUCUACCGCCUCUACACCGAGGACGAGUUUGACAACCUCAUCCCCAUGACCGUGCCUGAGAUACAGAGGUGUAACCUGGCCAGUGUCAUGCUGCAGCUUCUGGCUCUGGGGAUUCCUGACGUAAUGAACUUUGACUUCAUGUCUAAGCCUUCUCCUGAGGCAAUGCGUACGGUGGUGGAGCAGCUGGAUCUACUAGGGGCUGUAGAGAAGAAAGAUGAGCAGGUCACCCUCACUCCUCUGGGCAAGAAGAUUGCCAGCUUACCCCUGGAGCCACGCUAUGCCAAGACCAUCCUGCUGUCGCCAGACUUCCAGUGUUCUGAGGAGGUGCUGACCAUCGCUCUGCUGUCGGUGGACAUGGUGCUCUACAACCCCACUGUACGCAGAGAGGUCACACGCAAGAAGUUCACCACCAGCGAGGGAGAUCACUUGACCCUGCUCAACAUCUACAGAACCUUCAAGAAAGUGAACGCCAACAAGGAGUGGUGUCGGGAGAACUUUGUCAACAGCAGGAACAUGACCAUGGUUGGAGAGGUCCGUGCACAGCUACGAGAUAUCUGCCUCAAGUUGAGCAUGAAGCUGGAGUCGUGUGGGUCGGACACGGGGAGCGUGCAUCGCUGCCUGGCCCACGGUCUGUUUGUAAACGCUGCAGAGUUGCAGCCAGACGGCAGCUACAUGUCCCUGGACACCCAGCCUGUAGCCAUCCACCAAUCCUCUGUCCUCUUCCAGGCCAAGCCCGCCUAUGUGGUCGUCAAUGAGCCCCUGCACACCUCUAAGUGCUACAUGAGGGACCUGUGUCUGAUGGAUGCUGAUUGGCUGGUGGAGGUCGCACCCGAGUACUUCCACCGGAAGCUCCACCCCACCAAGAGCUAGCCUCUGAUUAGACAGAACUCUGGAGUGACAAGAGACUACAGCAGAUCCUAA